GAAUCAAUCAAAUCCUUUAUAUACCUAAAUGGUUUUCAAGAGAAGUGCUUUGAUUAGAAAAGGUGACAGCUCAUAAGAACCUCAUCAUUUUGUGUUGAUUGGCCUGUUAACAGUAAAAGUCAUUGAGAUUGACUUCAUCCAUCCCCUUCACAUUCUCAUCAUCAUCGUUCUUCACUUCAACUUUCCAAGCAAAACCAUUUUUGUCGUGUUUGAUAAAUAUAUAAAUUACAACUCUUCAUCUUCUGAACACUUUCUCCAUCUUAUCCUCCGCUUUUUAGAUUCAUCCACAUCAUCAUGUGGACUCGAAUCACUCUUCUAUCCUUAGCUAUCCUCUUGGUAUCACGACCAGCCAAGGGGUUGUUCGACAAAAAACCUGCCUACAAUGAUUGGAGUGAUUCCAAAGUUGAGGAUUGGCUCACAGAUCAUAAAAUUCCUAACCCAGGAAACCUUGAUGGAUCCGGCUUGAGAGAUCUGGUCAAGGAAAACUAUGAUACAGCUUAUGACAAGUGGUCCGAUUCUGAUCUCCAAUCGUACAUUAGCAAGUAUUCCAUCCCGGUUUCUUCUGGAAAACCUCGUGAAAAAAUCCUAGAUACGAUCAGACGUAGCUACCAUGGUGCCGUUGAUGCGUGGGCUGAUUCUGAUCUCAAAGACUGGUUGGAAGACCAUGGUGUGCCCACCCCGCCACGUCCAACUCACGAACAAUUGCUCGACACCGUCAAAUCGAAUUAUUAUGAUGCUAGUCAAUAUAUCAAAUCUUCGGCUUCGGGAGCUCAAAAGGUCUUUCAACAGAGCUCUGAUUCAGUUUUCUCAUCAUGGACUGAUAGUCAGCUCAGAGACUACUUACUUGAUCACGGUGUCGUGAGCCCAAGCAGCAAGCGCGAGGAGCUGAUUUUAGCGUCCAAAAGGUAUUUGACUUCAGGCACUAAGUCUGUUAGCUCGAUGGCUGCAGCCGCUACAGAUGCUGCGUCGGAUGCUGCGUCGAGUGCCGCAACUGCCACUUCUGACGCCGUCAGUAAUGCGUGGUAUGCAGCAAUAGACUCUCCCAAUCAAGCCUACGACUAUUUGGCAAAUAAAUACGACCAGUCGAAGGACUACGUGUACAGUACCUGGUCUGACGCCGAGCUCAAGAAAUACCUCGUUGAUCAAGGUGUCAUCAAAUCUGAUGCGAAGAAAAAGAGGGACGAGCUUCUUAACUAUAUGAAAGACUCCUACAACGAUGCCGCUUCAAACGUUUACGACGGCUGGUCAGAAAGUCGUCUCAGGGAGUGGUUGGUCAAGCACGGGGUUGCAAAGUCCAAGACGGCCAAAACUCGCGAUGAGCUUCUUGAUUUGAUGUCCAGAUCGUAUUAUGGUGCAAGGGACACUACAUACGAAACUUGGAAUUCCAACCAAAUGCGUCAAUGGCUCGAAGAUAAGGGUGUCAUUAAGACAGGCACACAAAAAAAGAAAGAAGAGUAUCUUGAGUUAAUUUCUGAAAAAUACAACUCUUUACGUGAUCACGCGUAUAACACUUGGGAUGAAAACAUGCUUCGAUCGUGGUUAGAGAGCCACGGAAUUGUUAAAACCCCAAGUCAAGCCAAGCGGGACGACCUUUUGAAGAUCGUUAAAGACAACUACUACGGCGCAAACGACAAGGUUUGGGACACAUGGAACGACGCAGAGAUCAAAGCAUACCUCGUCAAGAACAAGCUUGCCGAUCAAAAAGAAGUAGCCAAGUUGAAGCGAGAUCAACUCGAGGCACGAAUCGAAGAUGGUUACACCUCGCUCAAAGAUAACUUCUCGGUAGGGUGGAGCGAAAGCGACAUGCGAAAGUGGCUCAUUGACAACGGAGCUAUGAAGUCUGACAGCCAGGCUAAAAAGGAUGAGAUACUCAAGUUGUUCAAUGAAAAAUAUUCGGCAGUAGCGGCCAAAUCGAGCGAGUAUGUUAGCUGGUCGGACAACCGAAUUCGAGGUUGGUUGAGAACCAAUGGCGUCGAAGUACCCAUGAAAACCAGUCGCGAAGAGAUGAUUCAACUUAUGAAAGAACAUUAUGUGGGUACGAAAGGUACUGUGCGCGAUAUCUUCUCGACUUUACACAACGCUUUUUCAUCUGGGGAACAAAAGCUAGAGGAUGCGAUUGAGAAAAUCAAAGGAGCUGUGGGAUCUGGAGCACACCAAGUCGAACGACUACUUUACACUCUCAUCUGAGGUGUACACCUUCCACCUCUUAAAAACUCGUGUUUGGCCUUACUACUACACAGUUUUAUCGUCAUCAAAUAUUAUAAGAUGUUUCAUCAGAAGCAUUAUCCUUGUAUUUUUAGUUGGUUGCAUGAUUGUGGUGAAUGUAAGAACAUCCAAGUUUUGUGUUCACAAGAAAUGUCCCUUAAUGUUCAUUCC